CCCACACAGACGGAACUGCUGGUAAUCAGGGAAAAAUGCCCGCAUCUCCUGCUGGAUUUGGAAACUUCUUCCUGGAGAGGAACCUCGUAAUGCCUCCUGGAUACCAGGUCCCGGUGCUGGGGCCCCCAUCGGCCCUACAGCAGCAGCAGCAUCUGGCUGCGAUGGCAGCUGGAGUUCCCAUUUCAUUCUCAGGACUGCAGGGAUACAACUUCAUCCCAUAUCCACACCACAGGCACAUCGCGCACACGAGCAGUGGCUUUGACCUGAAGCCCACCUCUCCUUAUCAUCACGCCCUCCUGGCCCGCGGCGGCGUCCUCUACCCACCCUACCGUGCCGGCGCUGCCGAGGAACUCGGCAGGGUUGCCAAGGUUGCCACCCGGGAAAGCACGGGCGCGCUAAAAGCCUGGCUGAACGAGCACCUGAAGAACCCAUACCCAACCAAGGGGGAGAAAAUCAUGCUGGCCAUCAUCACCAAGAUGAGUCUGACGCAGGUUUCCACCUGGUUCGCUAACGCCAGGCGGCGCCUUAAGAAAGAGAACAGGGUCAGCUGGGCAUCCAAGGGCAAAUCGGACGAAGAAGAUGAGGAACAGGAGGGUGAGAGUGACGAAGAGGAGGGUGCUGCACAGAAGUGCAAUUUGGAGGAGCAAGAUGAUGAUGCAGACCAUCAGAGAGAGCAUGAAGCCGCAGAUGAGCCAGAGCCGGAGAGCUCGCCGGCUGCGGAGGAGCGACUGGAGGUGCAGGAAGUCGGACCAGAACAGAAGGUUGAAAGCAACGAUGCUGACCAAACAUCCUCCGCUUCAGAAAGCAAAGAGAACAACGUCAGCCAGAAACCCAAAAUCUGGUCUUUGGCAGAAACCGCCACCUCAGAGACAUCAAAGAAACCUGUGGACAGUUUUUACCACCCUGCUGGGAAACUGUGGGCGGACUGGGCCUCACGAAGCGGACUGUUUGUUCCCACUUAUUACGCCACGCAUGAAAUAGUUUGAGCUAAUAAAAUAAACAGCAACUUUUUAAAAACAAACUUUUGCACUUUAAACCUUCAGACCUCACAGACUUCCUGAAGUUUUUUUUAAGAAAUGCGAAUCUGUUGGGGGACCAAAGAAUAGGGAUGUUUCCUUACUGUAAAUAAUUCUAGAUGUAUUUUUCCACCUGGAUGAUGUAAAUUAUAUUUCCUUUGUCUAACCAGAAAGAGGUAUUUUGUUAAAAUAAACGUUGGCUUCUUCUAUACUUACGU